GAAAAAAACGAUUUAAAUGAAAAUAUGUUAAGCGAAAAAGAAAAGGCCCUUGCCGGACUUCCAUAUUUAGCAUAUUCUGAAGAAUUAAUAAAUGAUCGGCUUAAAGCUAGAGAACUACUUUAUAAAUUUAAUAAUUCUAAACCAGUUUCUGUUAAUACUGAUGAAUAUCGUGAAAGAAAUGACAUUAUUCGGCAAUUAUUUGGUAGUGUUGGUAAGAGUGCUGAAGUCGAACCACCAUUCUAUUGUGACUAUGGAUAUAAUAUUCACGUUGGGGAUAAUUUUUAUUGUAAUUUUAACUGUGCUAUAUUGGAUUGUAAUAAAGUUGAAAUUGGAGAUCGUGUUAUGUUUGGCCCAAAUGUUUCACUUUACCCUGCAACUCAUCCUAUACAACCUGAAGAAAGAGCAAAAGGUGCUGAAUUUGCAUUACCCAUAAAGAUUGGAAAUGAUGUAUGGAUUGGUGGUAGCGCUACUAUUUGUCCUGGAAUUACCAUCGGGGAUGGGGUAACUGUUGGUGCAGGAUCCGUGGUUACAAAAGAUGUUCCGCCUUAUGUAGUUGUCGCUGGUAACCCUGCUAAAAUCAUCAAGCAUUUAGAAAGAAAAACGAUAGCAAAUUGAAUUUAAAUCUUAUUGAUAAAAAAGAAUUUUAUUACAUUAAAAUUAUUAUUUAUUCUCAAAUUGGUUCAUAUUAUUUAUAAUUAAUAAAAUAU